AUGUGGAGAGCGGCGGUGACGGAGAUGGUGGCAACGGCGUGUCUAGUCUUCGGCCUCACAACCACAAUCAUCUCCUGCUUCGAAUCGGGUCAAACCGACCCGAAGCUACUCGUCCCGGUCUUCAUCUUCAUCUCGGGCUUCCCCCUCCUCGUCGCCACCGUGCCGCUCACCGGCGGCCACAUGAAUCCGGUCUUCACCUUCGCCGCCGCACUCAAGGGCGCCGUCUCCGCCGUCCGCGCCAUCUCCUACGUCGUCGCCCAGUGCCUCGGCGGCCUUAUCGCCUUCGCCGUCGUCAGGGCGACGAUGGACCGCGGGACUGCGGUUAAGUACCAAUUGGGCGGCUGCGCAAUCGACGGCGGCGGCGGAGGGGCCGGGGUCGGCGCCGGGACGGCUCUGGCGCUGGAAUUUUCGUGUACCUUUAUGCUGUUGUAUGUGGCGAUGCCGAUUUUCGAGGAGCGGCGGCGGAGGGAGCUGGGGUUGCCGACGGUGUGCGCGGUGGUGGCGGUGGCUUAUGGGCUGGUUGUUUAUGUUUCGAUGACGGUGACGGGCCGGGCUGGGUAUGGUGGGGUGGGCUUGCACCCGGCGAGGUGUUGGGCUGCGGCUAUGGUAUUUAAGGGCUCGUUGUGGGGGGCCCAUUGGGUUUUUUGGGUCGGCCCGUUUAUGGCCUGUGUUAUGUACCAUGUGUUCAGUUUGGCUUUGCCGAGGGAGGAAUUGGAGAAAGGAUCAGACGAACGGGAAGAGGACCGUAAUUGUGAUUUGGACAAAUUUGGGGGCGAUGUUGCAAAGGAAUUCGAAAUUAGUGAUUUUUAA